UUUCAUCUGAAUUAAUCUGGCGACGCGUGCCUGUGGACGGAUCCAGCGUUUGGAGGGAAAGGCCAGUGAACUGGAUGCGCACGGCGCUGCGUAAAUGGGCGUUCCGGAGAGAUGUGCGUCGCGCGCGGUGCCAGGUGUGUUCAGACCUGUAGCGGAGAACGCUGCCGUCGCCAACAGCCGCCCGUCAAUCAAAAUGCACUGGAUGUUGAGCCGUCUUCCAGGGAACGUCGUCCUGAGCCGCCCGCCAGUCUGUUCCCAGGGUUCACAGCGGAUAUCGCGUCGACGUCUUGAAACGUAGCCUACGACUUGAGAUCCUCAAUACGACGUACAGCCUCAUAAUAAUAACAAUACACUGGGCGGUCAGUGAGACGAGGUGAGUGAACAGUUUGUUUCGGGCUCCGCAUGUUGCAUUCGAAAGCGUCUGGGAACGAAUACUUGCUGUAGUUGUGGUGCGGGGACGACAACAACAACCACGUUGAUUACGUUAUUUCAAAGCAUUACGCCGCUGUAAACUCAUCAUUUUACGCACGAAUACCCACUUGGAAGGGGGGGGGGGAGGAAAGGAAAGUGCGGGCCUGUGUUAUCCUAAUGGGCAUCGGGAAGGACCGCGGACCGAUGGAAUGAGCGAGCACCACGCACACAGCGGCAGGCAGCAGGGGGAUGCGAAUCCAAACUAUCCCCGAUACCAACUCCACGCUAUCUAGUCUCAGGCGACGCCUGUUCGCGCUCAGCUGAAGUGGAAGUACACCGGAUCUGAGGGCUUUUUACAAUAGAUAAACUGCGUGCGUUCCCGCUCUUUGGGUGAAGAAAGCCAGAGCUUAACAACAACCAUGUCGAGAACCCUGAAGAAGAAGAAACACUGGACCAGCAAGGUGGUGGAGUGCGCGGUUUCGUGGGGAAGCCUGGGAGAGUUCGGCUCCGUGGUGGAGAUCCUGGGGGGGGCCGAGGGGGGAGAGUUCCCCUUCCUGGGGCAGAUGAAGCUGGACGUGCUGGUGUGUCACGUCGGCAAGCUGCCCUACUACGGCGACGUGCUGCUGGAGGUGAACGGCACGCCCGUCAGUGGACUUACAAACCGGGACACCCUGGCCGUCAUCCGGCACUUUCGGGAACCCGUUCGCCUGAAGACCGUCAAACCAGGUGCGUGCCCCCACCCCCCUUGUUUCUUGCUGCGUGUUCCAACAACUCUCUCCUCACUGUGUUGCUAAGCGUUUCGCAUGCAGAACACAACGCGCGUUGCUCUGUUCCAUUUUAAAAAAAGGAAGCCCACUUAUAUAUACAGGAAGCGCCAAGCUCUCUUCUCUCUUCUUCUCAUGGAAAUUGAACGGUGAUAAUGGCAAUAAUGGCAUGUAGCCCAGGCCAAGCCUGCCAUAGGUUAAGUGCACUUCGAAGCGCAGAAAUAUGGCCUAAUUACAUUCUCAUUCUGGAGUCUCUUGUUACAGAGGCCACUCAGACCGUUGGCCACACAAAGUAAGAGUGGAUAGGCCUGUAUCGUUGUCUCUUACCCGAGGUCUGUAUCUAUCCACGUCCAGGGGAACACCACGUGGGCCCAACCGUCCACAGUGCCCCUUCUUAUAUGCACUCAUUCAUAACUGUAAGGCUGUCCUACCGGUUGUGUUGGACCAGCCGGCGGCCACAUGGUCAAUACACAAAUGACCCGUUGCUUUGGGUUCAACCGCUCAGUGGUGUUUGACAGCCACUCCGGCGCGAAGGCUGAAGUGUGUGUGUGUGUGUGUGUGUGUGUGUGUGUGUGU